AUGAAAUCCCGGAGUCAGGAUCAGAGUUUGUCCGACUCCACGGAGCUGGACCGAUCCCACGACCCGCUCACAGGGGGUAAUCCUCCAUACAAAUCCAAUAAAAAGACCAUAAAGCAGCGGCUUCUCAAACUGCUCCCCUGCUUUCGCUCUGGGUCCAGCGCUUCAGACAACCCAGGCAAUAUAGCUGAUGAUGGAGAACUGUCCACAGUGCGUUACAGACCGGAGGGGCUCGACCGUCUGGUACAGCAGACCAGCUUCAACAAGAAGGAGCUGCAGGUCCUUUACCGAGGAUUCAAGAGCGAGUGUCCGAGCGGUGUGGUGAACGAAGAGACCUUUAAAAGCAUCUACUCCCAUUUCUUCCCUCAAGGAGAUUCCAGUAUGUACGCGCAUUUCCUGUUUGAAGCUUUUGACACCAACAACAAUGGAGCGGUUAACUUUGAGGACUUUGUUAUCAGUCUGUCCAUCAUCUUGAGAGGCUCCACCAUCGACAAACUCAACUGGGCUUUUAAUCUGUACGAUCUGAACAAGGACGGCUGCAUCACCAGAGAGGAGAUGACAGACAUCAUGAGCUCCAUCUAUGACAUGAUGGGGAACUAUACGUACCCCAACAUGAGGGACUGCGCCCCCAAGGAUCAUGUGGACAGUUUCUUCCAGAAAAUGGACAGGAACAAAGACGGGGUGGUCACCAUUGACGAGUUCCUGGAGACGUGUCAAAAGGAUGAAAACAUCAUGCAGUCCAUGCACAUGUUUGAUAACGUGAUCUAAAGCUGAUUGGACGUGGAUUGCUCUCCUGCUUGGAGCUCCUCUGUAGUUCAGUUCUUCUGCCCUGUGGACGGAGUGGGUGGUGUCUCUGAGAGUGGAGACCUGAGGAUAUAUAUACUGUAUAUAUAUAUAUAUAUAUAAACCUCAAACCAGCUUUUCUUUUAUUAAGGAAGGACGUUAAGUCUCGCUCCAAAAUGACUUGACUCAUGUGUCGUUUCUGUUAUUUGAAUGAGUGAAGGGAAUGAAAGGUGGAUUCUGGUAUUUCAAGAUAUUGAUAGAAGCUCAACAUCAAAACACAUCAAUGGACAGCCGGUGGUUCGAGCAUCCUGGGACUUCUUCACUGCGAUGAUGAUUAUUUCUCUGUUGCAUGUAUAAAACACGUUAGCGACUGAAUGAGCAGACACAAGGAACAAAUGGAAUAAAGCCCAUAAUGUUGUAAAGUCUCACACACACUUUCUAUACUUAUAGUUAUACUAUAUUGAAUUUUAGCAAUAAUCUUUAAGUAAAAUGUUAUCAAUCUUCUCCUUUGUUUUGGGUUCACGCCUCAUGUUUGUUAUGACUGUAUGUUGUGUCUGCAUGAUGUGUCGGUUUUCACUGGCCAAUGAGAUAUUUAGUUA